CGAGACUCAUCUGAGAUCCUAAAAGCCAUGUCUCCACUCUAGCAGCUUCUUAAUCGUGGCCCCUUAGCACCGGAUUAUCUCACAGCUCUUGGAAAGUCAGAGAGGAGCAAGCCUUGGGAGGCCUUUUGAAAUGGACCAGGACCCCGGAGACAGGCGGCAUUUUUUGCGCCAGGAAAGAGCCUUUCGGAGGAGACGGUGUGGCAGGAGCUCACGCAGUAGGGAAGAGAACACAAGCCGGGAGCAAUGAGGAUAUCUCCGGCGAGCUCCGCUCCCGGACUCCCGGGCCCUGAGUGCGACACUGCGCGACCUCCCCAAGAUGGCCGUUGCCAGGGACGGGCCAUCUGCUUUGGCGGCACAGAGGGACCUCACCAAGAUGGCCGCCACCAGGGGCCCGGCCGCCCGUCUCGCCGGCCUCCGUCCCCACCCCCGUGCUGCCCGGGUGUCGAUUGGAGGAGAAAACUCAGAGGAUCUCCCAGCCAUCCAGCCCCGGCUCGUAGCAGUCAGCAAAACCAAACCUGCAGACGUGGUGAUCGAGGCCUACAAGCACGGUCAGCGUACUUUCGGGGAGAACUAUGUUCAGGAACUGCUAGAAAAAGCAUCACAUCCUAAAAUUCUGUCUGCCUGUCCUGAAAUCAAAUGGCACUUCAUUGGCCACCUACAGAAACAAAAUGUCAACAAAUUGAUGGGUGUCCCCAAUCUCUUCAUGCUGGAAACAGUGGAUUCUGUGAAAUUGGCAGAAAAAGUAAACAGUUCCUGGCAGAAAAAAAAUUCUCCAGAAAGGUUAAAGGUCAUGGUGCAGAUUAACACCAGUGGAGAGGAGAGUAAACAUGGCCUUCCACCAUCAGAGGCAGUAGCCGUGGUAGAACACAUAAAUGCCAAGUGCCCCAGCCUGGAGUUUGUUGGAUUGAUGACCAUAGGAAGCUUUGGGCAUGAUCUUAGUCAAGGACCAAAUCCAGACUUCCAGAUGUUACUGUCACUCCGGAAGGAGCUGUGUGAAAAGCUGAACAUCCCCACCGAGCAGGUCGAGCUGAGCAUGGGCAUGUCCGGGGACUUCCAGCACGCAAUCGAAGUGGGGUCUACAAAUGUCCGAAUAGGAAGCACCAUUUUUGGAGAAAGGGAUUACUCAAAGAAACCUGCCCUGGACAAGUCUGCAGCAGGCCCGAAGGCCACCCAGGAGGUCGCCCAGGAACACUGAGCCAAGGCACCACCUGGCAGUAGGUCAUGACUCGGGGGCCCUGUCCGUGAGACUGAACUAUGCACUCACCUAAAUUCUUAUUUUGAUAUUCCCAUGUUACAGCCACCACCGUGCUGUCCUUACGACCUGGGUGGAGAGUGCUAAUGAUUGUCUAUGUUGAUGGAAACCAUCUGUUAUUAGUCUCUGGCAUAAGACGCUCACUCCCAUCAGUGGCCUCGGGUUGGAUUCAAUGAAUCCAGACAUUUCUGAAGAGCGGAUACCAGACCAAUAGCAAGGAAUUGAGCUCAGUCCUGACUCCUGCCCAGAAGCACCAUCUAAUCAUGAAUGUCUUCUCCAGACUAACAUUUGGGUCACGGAUGCCUAUAAUCACUGAAGUUGGAAGGGAUUCCCAAUUGUUGUUUGCUUUAGUAGAAAAUUCCAUUCCCUCAUUGAUACCAACUUCUUACGAACUCCCGGGAUUUCAUUCCCCAUCUUCUACGCUACCAAGUUGAUAUUGUGAAGACACUGUCCUCUAGAGGAACAGUACCAGUCGUUUCCAAAAAUGACUGAAGUUGCUGCCCCCCAUGCAAAUUGCUGCUGAUGAGCGUUCACAUCAGUGGCCACGCUGCAGGAUCGACCUGAAAAUCCCAGCUUUGGGCCCUUCUGUCAUUCUCCUGAAGAGACAGGACUUGGAGCUUUUUCCUCCGGGACCUACAGUGGUGAGAAUUUAAUGAAAUAAUUUCUCCUCCAUAAUAACUUUCUUUAUAACAAUUAUUUUUCACAGAACAGUGAAUCUCGUGGCUCCCCAGAAAUGAAAGAUUCCUUCAAAGCCAGUUCAAGUACAUGGUUUCAAUGAGGGCCAGCUUUGAGGUUCCUUUCCCUGAGGAGCACUUCCCAGCCACAUUUAUAGCUUCCUCGCUUUAUUUGUAAGUCAGACUUUUGCAACUCUUCUUCUUGAUUGCUAAUAAAGUAGCAAGAGCUUCAAAAACCAGAAAGUACAACUCAUGGCAGAUGGCUUCAGUGCAGUUGGUGGUUUUCUACAUGGUAUUUUUUCUUAUUUAUUCAGUCCCAGUCUUUAAUUUUAUGAACUAAUUUUCAGAACAUGAAGCUGCUGCUGAAUGUAAUUUUGUAAAACUUGACCCGUUAUGAUUCCUGUAUUGUUUGAAUCAAAGCCACAGUGUGAUGUUCCAGUCUGCUAAAUAAACAUGUGAGUUUGAAUGAUACCUUCUGUGCCAAUUACAAAGCAAUUAAAAGAUUUACUUUUUGUGA